GCGGCUACAAUAAAAAUCAAAACAAUUUACCUUCGCCAAUCUGCUUAUGCUCUGCUAAAGUGGUAUUUUAACAUAAUUGAGAUACCCCUACUAAUCAAAACGCACAACAAAAUUGGUGGAUGAUAAAAAAAAAUGAGACUUCUCUCCUGGGGCGCGAACCAGUACGGGCAGCUUGCACAUGAAGGUUGGCCUGUCUUUGAAGAGAGCAGCACACCUCAGCAGUGCAGCUUGGACGGUCUUCCUGAUGAAAUUUUAAGCAAUAUUUGUCAAAUUUGUGGAGGUGGAGGCCAUACAUUGCUUCUUGACUCUGACGGCUGCGUUUGGGCUUGCGGACAAAACAAUCGGGGUCAGUGCGGGGCUCCCGUGGAUCCGGAGGUCAAAAUCAGUAGACUGUGGACAAAGAUUGAAUUUAAGGGAUUCACAAAAAUAGUACAAGUAGCUGCUGGAUGGGAGCAUUCUUCAGCCCUGGCGGUAAACGGCCAACUUUUUGUUUGGGGAAGCAACAGUCACGGUCAAAUGGGAAACGUGGUUGAAAGAGGGAAGUGGAGAAAUUCACCCUCUUUGCUAGCCGAAGAAGUCCUCUUCGUUGCUGCUGGCCUUCGACAGACGGCGUGGAUUGGAAGGAACGGAACAAUAUUUUUUUGUAGCAUCUCUGGAAAACAAGAAAUAGCUGUUCCCUCAAUUUUAAGACCAAUUCAAAUUGCAUGUGGUCAGAAGCACAAUUUAGUUUUGAUGGCCAACAGAGAAAAUGACCUUGACGUCGGACAAGUUUUCUGCUGGGGGGAAAAUAAAUUUGGCCAGAUGGCCACAAAUCCGAAUGUUCAUAAAACGGAAGAAUUGAUUUUUGCCGAGUUCUUGAAAGGCAAAGAGUUCAUUGAAGUAAAAAGUGGAUGGUCUCACUGCGCAGGAAUUCAGAGUGAUGGAGGAGUUAAUAGUUGGGGGAGGAGCAAUUACGGUCAACUGGGGUGUUCCGAACAGACUGGAGAAAAAUUGCCCGUUCUGUGGCCUUGCAGUGACAACGCAAAAGUAAAGCAAAUUUGUCUUGGUUCAGAGCACACCAUGGUUUUGACAGAGAGUGGAAACUUGUGGACUUCAGGAUGGAACGAGCAUGGAAAUUGUGGCAAUGGAAACUUGGACGACCAAUUUGCCCCUCAACUCAUUUUGAGCAACGUCAAGCUCAUCGGAUGCGGUGCCUCUCACAGUUUUGCCCUUGUUCAUUCCUAAAUAAGAAAAAUUAAGUUGCAAAUUUAUAAAAAUAUUAAAAUUUUACUGUUUCAUACAGGAUUAUUCCAGGAGUUUGAAUGAAUUGCUGUCGUUGAUGCUGUGAAUUUUUUUCAAAGGUUUCCAUUGACUCGUUCUUUCAAAUGGAUCCUCAGUUUUCACAUCAACAAUUUUAUUUUCCUCUAGUUGACUUGGAAUUCUAAUCCUAAAAUUAAAAUUGGAUGAUAUUGCGCAUUUUUUCUUAGAUUUUUUCAAAGCAUAUUACCACAAUGAAUGCAAAAAUGUUCUUGGUGGUUCAACAUCCUUUUUGUUGCUGUAUGUAAAGUCUCCAAUUAUUGUGUGGCCCAAAUACGAAAGGUGCACUCGUAGUUGGUGUCGUCGACCUGUCAAUGGACUCAGCAAGACCUGACA